ACAUUCAACCGUAUCAUUUCGUGUUCCAGCUCUUAUGGAAUAACAUUGAUCAAGAUGGAGAUAAGAAGUUUAUAUCUAGUGGUGUAUGUCCUGCCUGCUCUUGCCGUUGGACAACUCCUGCUACCUUCAGGACGCACAGUCGACAAAGUCCUACUAGCUGACUGUAAGUACGACAGUCGUGACAAUUCCUAUUCCAUGACGUUAUCCAUCCGGUUUAACGGCGAUCCCGUAUCGAGGUUGCAGGUUCUGAGCAGCUCAACCUACAACGACGCCAAUGUGGUUGCAUGCGCAUAUGAAGGAACCGUCGCUCCUGAUAGUUCCGUCUUGAUCAAGUCAAAAUAUUCUUUGAGUAACGCUAACGCAAAUGAAAAUCAAUGUGGAGGGCGAACAAACGUUGAAAACGGAGUUCCGAACGGGGCGAUAUGGUCCGUGCUUCCCCGCGAGAAUAUCAUUAAUACCAGGACAGAUAUGGACAUUAUUUAUAACGUCAUCUGCAGGUUCCCGCAAUCUCAUGGAGGGAACUUGGUCCCCGCCGGUGGAGUGAUCUCUGUCUUUGAGGACGACCAAGGGACUGACUCCGUACGGCAGAGGCCGGAGAGUCUGUUGGCGGUCCUUGCACGCCGGCAGGGCUCGACCGCCUUCUCGCAGCAAGUAUCGGAGGUGGGCGUCGGCGACCAGGUCAUCUUACGUGCUCAGACCAAGGUGAAGGACGUGGGUUUCCGGUUAGACAAUUUUGACGUCGCUGGAUCGUACGUGUUCAGCUGCUCGUAUACGUGGUCUUAUAACCAGGCCUCUGUUCAGUUCAUAGAUGCUGACGGCUGUGCUAACAACGUGUUCUCCGACUUGGUUGGCGGCUUCGGGCACUCAGAAAGCGACUUCCUAGCCUCAGUGACACCCAACUUUCGGUGGUUCUCUACAAAGACAAAUCCCUUCGUACUGACGAAUGAUGACCCACCAAACCACUUUUACCGACUUUCUUGCUAUGUGGGAUACUGUCACACCCUCUUCGAUCCGAAAUGUAUAGAUUUCUGCGCCUACAACCGACAAAACGGAAGACGGCGGCGGCGACAAACGUUCGGCGAGCAGUAUGAUCAAUUAUUCACGGUCAUUCAAGUGUACAGUAACGACACCGCUACGGUAGAGCCGCCAGUCUCUCCACAGCCACAAAAAAGCUUAGACACGUUGGUGAUCGCAGUGUCCGCCAGCGUUGCGGGCCUGGUUCUCUUCGCUGCAUUGGGGAUCGUACUUUUCCUGUGCUGCUAUCGGCGAGGAUCUCAUGAGCGCUGGGAGGCGGCCUCCGACAUCAGCUCCCGACAGAACCUCCCCCGGAACCUUGCGUACGACCACAUGAAGACACCCAAGUUUUAACUGACACAAUUAUUAUAACACGCUUUUUAUCUUACUUGAGUUUUAAUAUAUCUACAUAUAUAUAUAUAUCAACAAAUAAACUCAAAUAUUCCGGUUAAACUGAGAGGUACAUACUAUGAAAAAACGACAGUAGGCAAUUUACAAAACAGAGUUUACCAAAUAUACUUCUAGAUUAUUCUUGCAUUAAAGGGUUACUGGUUCAGUUUACAACACCACCCCAACAACAAACAAUGUAUAUCAAAUGCAUAAUUACGGUCUUAUUGUUCUUAUACCGUGCAUAAACAUGAAAUACAAUUUUUCUUCC